UUCGGGCGACUCCCGGAGCGCGCACAGCCCGCUCGCAGCGCGGCGUGACUGCGGCCCCCGCCCGGCCCCCGCCCGCCCGGCGCAGGCAGCUCAGAUUAAAGAAGCUGAUUGACCAAGAAACAGAAUCCCAGGAGAAGAAGGAGCAAGAAAAGGAGAAGAGGGUCACCGCUCUGAAAGAGGAGCUGAUUAAAUUGAAGUCUUUUGCUUUGAUGGUGGUGGAUGAACAACAAAGGCUUACAGCACAGCUUGCCCUUCAAAGACAAAAAAUCCGAGACCUAACCACAAUUGCGAAGGAAACACAUGCUAAACUAGCCUUUGCUGAAGCCAGAGUUCAGGAAGAAGAGCAGAAAGCAACCAGACUAGAGAAAGAACUGCAAACACAGACCACACAUUUUCACCAGAACCAAGAAACAAUUAUGGCAAAGCUCACCAAUGAGGACAGCCAAAAUCGCCAGCUACGACAAAAGCUGGCAGCACUCAGCCGGCAAAUUGAUGAGUUAGAAGAAACAAACAGAUCUUUACGAAAAGCAGAAGAGGAGCUCCAAGAUAUAAAAGAAAAAAUCAACAAGGGAGAAUAUGGAAACUCUGGUAUCAUGGCCGAGGUGGAGGAGCUCAGGAAACGUGUGCUAGAAAUGGAAGGAAAGGAUGAAGAGCUCAUAAAAAUGGAGGAGCAGUGCAGAGAUCUCAAUAAGAGGCUGGAAAAGGAAACAUCGCAGAGUAAAGACUUUAAACUUGAGGUUGAAAAACUAAAUAAAAGGAUUAUGGCUCUGGAAAAAUUAGAAGAUGCUUUCAACAAAAGCAAACAAGAAUGUUACUCUCUGAAAUGCAACUUAGAAAAAGAAAGGAUGACCACAAAGCAGUUGUCUCAAGAACUGGAGAGUUUAAAAGUAAGGAUCAACGAGCUAGAAGCCAUUGAAAGUCGGCUGGAAAAGACAGAAUUCACCCUAAAAGAAGAUUUAACUAAACUGAAAACGUUAACUGUGAUGCUGGUAGAUGAGCGGAAAACAAUGAGUGAAAAAUUAAAGCAAACUGAAGAUAAAUUACAAGCUGCUUCUUCUCAGCUUCAAAUGGAGCAAAAUAAAGUGACAACGGUUACUGAGAAGUUAAUUGAGGAAACUAAAAGGGCACUGAAGUCCAAAACUGAUGUGGAAGAAAAAAUGUACAGUGUAACCAAGGAGAGAGAUGAUUUAAAAAACAAGCUGAAAGCAGAAGAAGAGAAAGGAAAUGAUCUCCUGUCCAAAGUUAAUAUGUUGAAAAAUAGGCUUCAAUCAUUGGAAGCAAUUGAGAAAGAUUUCCUAAAAAACAAAUUAAAUCAAGAUUCUAGUAAGUCCACAACAUUACACCAAGAAAACAAUAAGAUUAAAGAGCUCUCUCAAGAAGUAGAAAAACUGAGACUAAAGUUAAAGGAUAUGAAAGCCAUUGAGGAUGACCUCAUGAAAACAGAAGAUGAGUAUGAGACUCUAGAACGAAGGUAUGCUAAUGAACGAGACAAAGCUCAGUUUUUAUCUGAAGAGCUGGAACAUGUUAAAAUGGAACUCGCCAAGUACCAGUUAGCAGAAAAGACAGAGUCCAGCCAUGAACAAUGGCUCUUCAAAAGGCUUCAAGAAGAAGAAGCUAAAUCAGGCCACCUCUCAAGAGAAGUGGAGGCACUGAAAGAGAAAAUACAUGAAUACAUGGCAACAGAGGAUCUGAUAUGUCACCUCCAGGGAGACCAUUCAGUUCUGCAAAAGAAACUCAAUCAACAAGAAAACAGGAACAGAGAUUUAGGAAGAGACAUUGAAAACCUCACUAAAGAGUUAGAGAGGUACCGGCAUUUCAGUAAGAGCCUACGGCCUAGUCUCAAUGGAAGAAAAAUCUCUGACCCUCAAGUAUUUUCUAAAGAAGUUCAAACAGAAGCAGUAGACAAUGAACCACCCGAUUAUAAGAGUCUCAUUCCUCUGGAACGAGCAGUCAUCAAUGGCCAGUUUUAUGAAGAGAGUGAGGACCAGGAUGAGGAGCCUAAUGAGGAGGAGUCUGUGCUGUCCUUCAAGUGCAACUCAUCUACUCCCUGUCCUGUUAACAGGAAGCUAUGGAUUCCUUGGAUGAAAUCCAAGGAGGGCCAUCCUCAGAAUGGAAAAAUACAAACUAAACCGAAUGGCAACUUCGUACAACCUGGAGAUCUAGUCUUAAGCCACACACCUGGGCAACCACUUCAUAUAAAGGUUACUCCAGACCAUGUCCAAAACACAGCCACUCUUGAAAUCACAAGUCCGACCACAGAGAGUCCUCACUCUUACACAAGCACUGCAGUGAUACCAAACUGUGGCACCCCAAAGCAAAGGAUAACCAUCCUCCAGAACGCCUCCAUAACACCAGUGAAAUCCAAAACCUCUGUCGAAGGCCUCAUGAAUUUGGAGCAAAGCAUGUCCCCAAUUACCAUGGCAGCCUUUGCCAGAGCACAGACCCCAGAGUCUUGUGGUUCUAUAACUCCAGAAAGGACAAUGUCACCUAUUCAGGUUUUGGCUGUGACUGGUUCAGCUAGCUCUCCUGAGCAGGGACGCUCCCCAGAGCCAGUAGAAAUCAGUGCCAAGCAUGCAAUUUUCAGAGUCUCUCCAGACCGGCAGUCAUCAUGGCAGUUUCAACGUUCAAACAGUAAUAGUUCAAGUGUAAUAACUACUGAGGAUAAUAAAAUCCACAUUCACUUAGGAAGUCCUUACAUGCAAGCUGUAGCCAGCCCCGUGAGACCUGCCAGCCCUUCAACAUCACCGCAGGAUAACCGAACUCAAGGCUUAACUAAUGGGGCACUAAACAAAACAACCAAUAAAGUCACCAGCAGUAUUACUAUCACACCAACAGCCACACCUCUUCCUCGACAAUCACAAAUUACAGUAAGUAAUAUAUAUAACUGAUCCUCAUCCAGUCUAUACUGAUAUUAUUGCAAGGAACUCAAUCCUUUUUAAUUAUCCCUCCACAUCCCCCAAAGACUGACUGAAUUUGUACUUUGGGAAGGUUUAUGCAUGAACCAUUCAACAGUACCUGAAACUAACUGUUGCCUGCAUAGUCAUAUCAAGUGUGCACUUACUGUAUAUCUUUUCAUUUACAUACCUGUAUGGAAAAUAUUUAGUCUGCACUUGUAUAAAUACAUCUUUAUGCAUUUCAUUUUCCAUAACUCAUAUUAAUUUGACUGCAACUUAUCUUGGUGAAAUACCUUAACAUUAUAAAGCAGUAAAUAAUUUGUUAUCUUUACCAUUCA